AUGGCGCUCAUGGGCGCGCAGGGCCUCCAGGGCUUUGCCAACGUGCACGACGGCGCCUCCGCGGCCAUCGCGCUCGGGUCCUUCGGCGCGGCGUACUUCAUGGCCGACCUCGCGACGGGCCUGUACCACUGGGGCGUGGACAACUACGGCAGCGCCGAGACGCCCGUGGUGGGGCGGCAGAUCGAGGCGUUCACGUCGCACCACAAGCACCCCUGGACGAUCGUGGAGCGCGAGUUCUGCAACAACGUCCACCUCGUGUUCAAGCCGAUGCUGCCGUUUGCGGCAGUGUUUGCCGCUUCGGCGCACUGGACGCCCGACUCGUGGAACAUCUGGGCGUCGACGUUCAUGUUCCUGUGCGCCAUGAGCCAGCAGUUCCACGCGUGGUCGCACAUGAAGGCCUCGGAGCUCCCCGCGCCGGUGCUGUGGGCGCAAGAGACGGGGCUGCUCGUGUCGCGCCGCGAGCACGGCCAGCACCACCGCGCGCCGUUCGAGGGCCACUACUGCAUCGUGUCAGGCUUCUGGAACAAGUACCUCGACAAGGGCGGCGCGCCGGACGGGUUCUUCCGCAACCUGGAGAAGGCCGUGUAUGACCGGACGGGCGUGGCGCCGCGGUGCUGGGACGAGCCGGACUUCGACACCCCGGACUACGACUACCGGCCAGGGCAGGCUGCGCCGGCGCAGGACGCCGCGAUGCAGUGA